GGGGCGGGGGCGGCGCGCGCCGCCGGCGGGUUCGUGCCCGCGCGCCGCCGCCGCCGCCGCCGUCUCCGUCUCCGCCGCCGUCUCCGUCUGCGUCUCCGCAGUGAGGUCACGGGUGGGCGGUGCGAGCGCGGCUCCUGUUCCGCUCCCGCGGCGCCGGAGCCCCCGCGGCGCCGGGUUAUCUGGAGAGUUUGACAGAACUGCAUAUUAGCGCAAGAUGUACAUUUACCGAUGGCCUGGAUCUUAUCUGUAUUGCUAGUAACUUGGGGUGGGAAAAGUGUGGCACCGCGGACAUCCGUGCUAAAGGUGAUUCUCUAGGGACGUUGAGCUUCUGCCAGCACUCUGAAUCAGCCUUUAAUUUAGGAUUUAUUGGUGAGCUGCCAUAGUAACUUUAGUGGUGGUGGUGGAAUCAUAAACUUGGCUGCACGAUAAAUAAAGCCCUUAAGCUUGUGUGUGAUCCCUUAGAACCGAAGGGGAAGUGGUGAAUAAAAUUUUCACGCAACUUAAACGUCGUUUUGGAUCAGUUGUGUUGAGAUCGGCACUCAUCAGACUGAGACUUGUGGGCAUUUUUCUAUUUUAAUAUUUAAACAGAGACUUGUUUGAAAAGCCGGUUUUCAAACUUUUUUUUCAAAAUUUUCAAAUGCUUUUCAAAGGAGAAAAAUGAUCAAGGAUAGAUGCUCAUGCAUCAACUCAUCAUUUUUUACUAAAUGACUAUACAAAACUAUUGUGCAAACUACUGAGUAGGCUAUAAAGAAAAUCCUUUUAUAUGGAUAUUGCGGUCUGUUUUUUAUAAAAGAAAACUGAACAAAUAAUUUUAAACCUAGAAGAACAUUUUGUUUAACCUCUCCAUUUUUAAUUUUAUGGUAUUCCAUGUAAAAUGGGUUACAGUUUUUACUCCUGGAGGCUGAAGGAUUAACUUCUUCCUGAAAGGAGUGCAAAACUUGGUGUGCAUGAGGUAAUCAAGUCAUUUAAAAUUGAUUUUUGUAUUAGCAAGCAGGAAAAUGCACACAUAAGAUUUGUUUAAUUAAAAGUUCUGGUGUUUAGCAAUGGAAAACCCACAAACAAACUUCCAUCUAGGUCUAUGUUCAGACCAAAAAAGGAGUGGGAUCCAAGAGGAUGGGAGUCCUCCAAUAAAAAAAGUAAUGACAGAAAUGCAUGUAAAUAACAAAGUACGAGUUGUAAUAAAUAAAUUGCCAACAAUAAAGAAGGAAAACUUGGAUGAAUAUGAUGGAACUUCUGUGGAGGCUGAUGGGGAAAAUGCCAAGCUGAACAGUACUUCAAUAUCUGAGCCUUUGAAUUUAAAUCCAGGUUUGAAACACACGCUGGCGCAGUUCCACUUAAGCAGCCAGAGUUCCCUGGGUGGACCAGCAGCUUUUUCAGCUCGUUAUUCCCAGGAAAGUAUGUCGCCCACUGUCUUCUUGCCUCUUCCAUCACCACAAAUACUUUCUGGUCCACUGCUCAUUCCUCCAGACAGCUCCACAGAACUCACUCAGACUCUAUUGGAGGGGGAAUCUAUUUCUUGUUUUAAAGUUGGAGGAGAAAAAAGACUUUGCCUGCCUCAAGUUUUGAAUUCGGUUCUCCGAGACUUUUCUUUGCAACAGAUUAACACAGUGUGUGACGAACUGUAUAUAUACUGCUCAAGGUGCACGUCCGACCAGCUUCACAUUCUGAAGGUUUUGGGAAUUCUUCCAUUUAAUGCUCCGUCCUGCGGGCUAAUUACGCUGACUGAUGCUCAGAGACUAUGCAACGCUUUAUUACGUCCUCGCACUUUUCCUCAAAAUGGCAGCUUUCUCCCUGCUAAGAACACGUUGGCCCAGCUCAAAGAGUCUGGCAGUGCCUUCGAAGUGGAGCACGAGUGCUUGGGCAAGUGCCAGGGUCUGUUUGCACCUCAGUUCUACCUGCAGCCAGAUGAUCCGUGUAUCCAGUGUUUGGAGUGCUAUGGGAUGUUUUCGCCCCAGACGUUUGUGAUGCAUUCACACAGAUCCCCUGAUAAAAGGACCUGCCACUGGGGUUUUGAAUCAGCCAAAUGGCACUGCUACCUUCAUAUUAACCAAAAAUACUUGGGAACAUCGGAGGAGAGGGAACUGAAGCAUCUCUUGGAGGAAAUGAAGGAGAAAUUUAGCGAGAAAAACCAGAAGAGAACUCGGUCCAAAAUGGAUUCACAGCAGAGCCUAGAACUGUCGCAGUGGUAUCCAGUUAUAAAGCAAGAAGCAGAAACUGCUACUCAACCACCCUCCUUUGUCCAUCCCAGUUACUACCUUUAUAUGUGUGAUAAAGUGGUUGCCCCAAAUGUGUCUCUUGCAUCACAAUAUAAAGAAGUUGCAAAACCAGCAGUCAGAUCAGAAGUAAUUAAAUCUUCACCUGGACACUCAGAGAAACAGCUCGGUAGUGGAAAGCACAAAAAAGCUGCUUCCUAUCCAGAGCUUUCUCUUGAAGAACAGGAAAAAAUUGACUUGAAAACUGGCACAGAACAGCAUAAACGUUUAGAUCCACCUGUAUCAACUAAUUCUGCAAGAAGUGGCAAAUCUGAACGUAUUUCUUCCAAAAUUAGUAAAGACUCUAGCCGUGAAGUACGUCAUCGUGUACGAACCUUGUCCCCAACUCUCAUGAAAGACAUCAGUUGUGAAGAUGACAAGGGAAAGAUCAUGGAAGAAGUAAUGAAAACCUACAUUAAACAGCAAGAAAAACUAAAUACCAUUUUGCAGAGGAAACAACAACUUCAAAUGGAGGUAGAGAUGUUAAACAACUCUAGAGCAAUGAAGGAACUUAAUGAAGAGCAGCAGAAUUUACAAAAAGAACUCGAAUGUUUGCAGACUGAGCAUGCUCAAAGAAUGGAAGAAUUUUAUUUUGAGCAGAGAGACCUGGAGAAGAAACUGGACCAAGUGAUGAAGCAAAAGUGUACCUGUGACUCCAAUUUAGAAAAAGACAAAGAAGCUGAAUAUGCAGCACAGCUAGCAGAAUUGAGACAGAGGUUGGAUCAUGCAGAGGCAGAUAGACAAGAGCUUCAAGAUGAACUGAGACAAGAACGAGAGGCAAGAGAAAAGUUAGAGAUGACGAUAAAGGAAUUGAAGCUACAGAUCUUGAAAUCUUCAAAAAAUGGAAAAGGAAAAUAGAAAUUGGAAGAGGGAAACGUGACUCUGUCCUUCAAACAGGGUGUUUUGGUUUUUAAUGAAUUGUGAGCAGUUUAUCUGUGUGAUAAGAAAAAGUAUUCUUUACAGAUUUCUAGUUCCCAGACAGGUCCAGAGGAAGAUAUAUAUAUAAAUAUAGAGAGAUAGAAACAUAGGAAUAAAAUUUUAGAUUUUCCUAACCAAUGAAAAUCUGCAUUUAUUUGUACUGCUGUUUUUCUCAAACUAUGAAAAAUAUGAAACUUUUUUUGAUUUAGAAUGAUCAGCUUCUAUUUCUAAUGCAGUCUUGAGAGCUCUGUACCUUUUAAAAACAGCAUUGUAUGUUAAAAUAUAUGUGGUGAUCUUUAUUUUUGCUUUCAAUUGCACAUCCAGUUAUGAAAGUACAUAAAAUUUUUUUCUGAAUUCUUCAAGAUCAAAUAUAGCAUGGGUUUCAGUGGGAAUUAUGUAUUCUCUCUCUCCCGGGAAAGCAAAGGCAGCUUUUCAUUUGCAGGGUAAUGCUCAAAAUUGCCAGGAUGAUGAAAGAUGAUUUAUCAUCAAAAAUUAUUUACUAGCUUGAUUUUUUCCCAUAAUUUCAUUGUGUGAAUUGUCAAGCUGAUUUUUUUCACUAUUUGCUAUUUAACAACUCAGUAUCAAUCUGAAGAGUUUUAGAACCAGCAUUUGGUUACUAUGCUGGAAGAAGAAAACAUUAGGCUUUUAUUGUGAAGAGCAGCAAUUAAAAUGGGAUCUUUAAAAUUAAAAAUUCACAUUUUCUUUUGUUUUCUACUAUAUGACAGAUACAAAGGAAAUAUUAAUAGAAGGCUUACAGGUGGGGGUUUUCUUUCUGGACAAUGUUUUUGGAUAUUAAUGCUCUCAAAAAUAAUAAUUACAAAAAACACAGAUUAGUUUCUUUAGUAUCCCAUGCCUCAACACUUCCAGCUUCUUGCCAACUUCUGGAUUUUUCAUCCGUUGCAUAGAGCAAGCCUUAACUGACAUUGUGGUAAUUACUUAGAAAAAUCUUAAUUCUGAGAGAUGGCACUUUGAAAAUCAUUUUGACAGUUUCUGUAUUUGAAUGGCAUGGUAAUGUUACCAUGAAUUAAGAAAUACAGCAUGUUUGUUAAGCUAUAACGUUUGAAAAUGUGUAAUUGUACAGAAUUUCUUUUUUGUAUAUAUAUAACAUUUACUUGAGUACUUCAGAAGUCUGGCUCCUGAUGGGUUAAACGCAUGACUACAAAUUUGGAUGAAGAAACACAUUUUUGCACUUCUCUCCAAAAAGUUUGAUAUAGCUGACAGGUGUUAGCUGAUUAUGUCAAUGAUAAGACAUAUUUUAAUAGUCUUAAUAUUUCACUACAUAAUUUUAAUCUGUACUCUAGCUUCUGGUGUUUUUUAAGGUACUUAUGAUUGUUACUAUCUUAAAAAUUCAAUUAAUUUUGGAUGAAACCACUAGUAAAAGCUUAGUGUUGAUUUUUAUUCUGAACUAGUAAAACUGAAGACUUUGCAUUCUUUUCCUUCUCUCUUUCAGUAGUAUAGCAGAACCGUAUAUACAAAGAAAGAUAAAAUUGCACAGAUCUUAAAUUGAAUGAGAAACGGGAUAGUUAAUAAAUGUCAUGGAGUCAUAGAAUGUUUCCUUUAUAGCUCUGCAUAAUUUUGUUUAUGGACUGUGUCAUAUUUACACUGAGGGUUAUAUCAGGUUAGACAAAAAAUAUGAAACAUUUGUUUUGGUGAAUCAUUGCUUUUAUUUAAAAAAAAAAAAAAAGCAAGCCUGUCUUGACAGCUUAGUGAUGGUUUGCAAGGAAAGGUGCUGAGUAUAAAUGAUUCCUGUUGUGUAUUCACCACUUGCUUUAAAAACACAAUGAAUGUUUUAAUACAAUAAUAACCAAAAAAACAUGGCUAUAGGAAGAGUAGGCAGGAAUCUUGUUAACAGCGUGAAUAUUAGGCACUGGAGUGUAAAGUAGUCUAAUUUGAUUGACAGAACUGAACUUGGAUUAGCUAGAUUGGCAAGUAACAAAACUGUUCUGGGAGACUGUAAAUUACACAGUUUCAUCCAGGUAUCAUCAAAGGAUCAAAACAUAUCAUUUCUAGUUACUUUUCAAUACCUGUUUUCAACCAAACUCAUUCAGUUGUCAGUGUAGAUAAAGCCAAACAGACUCGUUUAAUAUAGCUGAAGUAACUGAUUUACCACAGUAUUUUAUAUCUUAGCAGUUGAAUGUGUAGAAUCCUCAUGGGAUUGUUUUAUUAGAAUACUGUAUAUUCAGUUUUCAUUCAGAUCUUGUCAAGUUUAUGUGAUUUCAGCUGAAAUUUCCCAUUUUACCACUGGUUGAUCUUCACCAGUGCUAACUGCAAUGGAGUACUAGUGUACUCCAUCCACUUUAACCAUCUGCCAACCAUCUGUUCAACUGGCUUAUGCAGUAGACCAUUAAAAUGCUGGUGGCCACAGGAGGUACUUGUAUUUUCACCAAUAAAAGAACUCAAGCAGCUAUAGCAAGUUUUAGUAAUUCCAGCUGCACAUGAGGCCUCCUAAUCCUUUUAAAACAUUUGGCUGAAAAAGCUAAUUGAACGUUUAUUAAAAUGACUGAGAAAGUAGCUUUGUAAAUAUUCCAUUUAAUUAUUCUAAAGUUAGAAUGCAUUUUAAAUUAUUGUAAUCCUCUUAAAUUCUUAAAUAUUACUUUGAGGUUCUUUACAUAACAUAAAAAAUUUUCAUACGUGUAGACUUAAUUUUAUACUGAUUUUAAGUAAUAAUGUAUACAUAAAUGUGCCAUAGAUUUUGUGUGUCCACAGUCAUUGAAAGAUAGUUUUUUAGUAAAUUGUAAAUAAUACUGUAUAAGUUCUAGAGCAAAUAGUUAUGUUGACCUUUUUUCACUACCUUAUACCCAUUAUAUUCAAUGGUUUAUUUUAUGAUCUAAUAUAGAAACUUGGAAUGCACACUUAAGGAUCCCCACUUAAGUGCACACUUAAUGGAACUAAUUCUGUCAAUAGGAACUUGCCUUUAGUCAUAGGAUGCUCAUUUUGUGUGUUAAUAUUUGUUUUGCAUUCAGUUUUUGCUUGCUGAUCUUGUAGACGGGAAGUCUGUUUCCCAGAUUGUUUUGACAAUCUUUUAGGAAAAAAAUCCUAAAAUUGUCCAUAAUUUUAAAAAGUUGCAAAAGCUGCAUCUGAACUCCUCGACUAGAAUCAAAGUUGCCUAGUGCACUUUUUGGAACAAAGUAAUUAGGAUUCAAGGUGAAUAUCUAGUUUCCUCCUAUACUUUUUAAAAGAGAACAUUCACGUGCUUGGUGUGCCCUAAUCAGCAAGGAAAUAUAAGAACUUAAGAGGGAGUAAAAUUCUUGUUAUACUGGCAGUCUGAAAGCACCCUUGUUCUCAGUGUAACCAUGUAUCCCUAGACGAAAGAGAUCUACAUCUCCAAACUUUACUAAAUCUGUAUUUUAGUUUUUGUAAAGCAUAUUGUUUUGCUUGAGUAUUUAGGUACAUGUAGUUAUGUUUCACAUUCUUAAACUAAUUUUAUUCUAUAUUUAAUAUAUUAAUAGCUUAGAUGUAAAAUCAUUUGUAUAUAGUAAAGGCAUAAUGCAAUUAGUGAAGUAGGAAAAAUUGAGUGGGAGCAUAACGCUCCUGGUGGCCUGAAAAAAUAGGGCUUGGCCCAUAUUUUAGAAGUCACAGCUGUCUAUUCAUACACUCUUGAUUUGUACUGGGGAAGGGGAUAGCUGUAAUGUGUUACAAAAUUUUUGGAAAACUUUCCUAGAAUUAGUUGUGAAGUUGGCCUUGAAAUGCUGUCACGGUCAGCUUCCUAAAAUUCCCGUGUUUGUAGAAUAUAUAUUUUGAUUGUCAGUAAAGAUAACAACUUUGUAUUUUUUCUGCACUUAAUUUCAUGUAAUUAAUCCACACAACAGAGUUUUCUAUAAUAUGGUGAAGUCAACAAAAGAUAUGAUUACACCUACCUGCUAGUCUGUGCUUGCAAUAUUUCAGUAUUUUUAUCUAAUCUGUCAACAGCAAGCAGCAGAAAGCUGCAGAUUUCAAUGUUUUUUUUUCUGCUCAUUACAUUUGUCAUUUGAGAAGUAGUCAGCAGUGUUUUUAUUGGAGAAAGCUUGUUGUAGACAUUUUUAUUUGCUGCAUAUCUCUUUCAAAAAGACAUCAAUUUUUUUAACUUUUGUGAAAGUAAAGUUAUUGCUUAUAAAUUGCAUGAUGAUUUCAUACUGUGUCUCCAUUAUUUAGAAAAUUGGGGUUUUUUUCAGAGUUAGUGGUUCAGUUGGAAAAUGCUUGAAAAAUAUGAGUUUGAAGCACUUCUUCACCAAGCACAGCAAACAAAUGGUUUAAAAAUUAAUUUGUUACUUGAAAAUUGAUUAAAUGUAACAGUAUCAAUUGAAAUUUUUUUCAUCAAAUAUAGAUACCUCACUUAAAGGAAAGCACAGCUGUACUGUAUUUAAAAUAAUUCUAGGAAAUAAUAAAAAGAGUUGGUCUAAAAUACUUUGUUGCAGUUAUGUUGCCUUCUGCAAUGACAAAAUCCAUUUUUGUGUUUUCAUACUCACCCUUGAAGGUAUUUAUUGAUGUUGAUAUGCCAAUAUAAUUAAUUUUAAAUUACAGAAAAUAGCUGCAAACACAAAGAGUCUGUCUUAGCUCAAGGCAACAGGUUGAACAACUAUGCUGAAACUGUAGUAAAAGCCUGAGAAAAUGAUCAGUGCAUUCAACAAUUUUUAAUACUUUGCCAAUGAUGUACAGUUUUAUUGCUAGAGUUGCUGUGGUUGCAUUACAUGACACACAAAACUGUCCUCUACCUCACGUGAGAUUAACAGAUAUUUUAUAUGGUUUUAGUAAACAAGAUGCAUCUAUCUGGUCACUUAGUUUACAAAUUUUGAAUUAUAUUUAUUGAAACAUUACAUACUGUGCUCUUAGCUUAUACCUCAAUUGUAUUUUGUGCUGUUAUCCAUUUUCAUGCCCUGUAAAUACCCUGUAUAGAUUGUGGAUUCAAAAACAAAUAAAGAUCUGUAAUGUCAAAACA